GGCGCUGCCCGGGGUUGCAGAGACGGGGAGGCAGAGCCCCGGCCGCGGCAAAGGGCCCGCGCCCGCUGUCACCCGGAGCAGCCGCAGCCCCGCUGCCACUGCCCUUCCCCAGCCAGGACCCGCUGCCGCUCCCGCUGCUGCCACCGCCGGGGCCGGGCCGGGCCGGGCCGGGCCGGGCCGGGCUGGGCUGGGCCGCAGCAGCCCCGGCGCCCCCAGAGGCGCGGCCCCGCCCGCCAGGACCCUGCGCCUCCGGCGCGGCUUCACCGCCCGGCUGUGGGCGGGGCCUAGCCCGCGGGCGCCAGUUGGCCGGUGGGACGGAAGGGGCGGGGCGGGCGCUGGCGCUGGUUGGGCGCUGCCCCGGAGGGAGCGGGGCGGGCCGGGCUGGCAUGGCGGGCACGGCGCUGUCGCGGGUGCCGGUGGUGCAGAUCGAUGGCGAUGGCGUGUUCAAGUACGUGCUGCUGCGGGUGCGCGGCGCUGGCGCGCCACACAAGGACGUCGUGCGCGGCCACGGCUGGGCCGAGUACCACGCCGACCUGUUCGAGCGCACCGCGGAGGAACUGGCGCGGCACGGCCUGAGCUGCGAGUGCUUGGGCGGCGGCCGCCUCGCCCACCGCCCCGAGGAGAGGAAGAUCCACGUCUACGGGUACUCGGUGGGCUUUGGGCGAGCUGACCAUGCUGUGACCACGGAGAAGCUGAAGGCCGAGUACCCCGACUACGAGAUCACCUGGGCAGACGAAGGUUACUGACUGCUCUGGCCGUGGGGCCAGCCUGGAGCUGGCACGGUGCCGAGGCAGUGCCAGCAGGCUCCCUGUGCCCAGCAGUGCUCUGGGCUCUCUUGCUUUUCCUCUGUGAGAACUCGCCUGUUCCCCACCGUCGCUGGACUGUCCAUGUGCCAGGUGCUCCUGCCUUCCUGGCAUGGCAAAGCUGGUGAAGUCAGUGGUCACUCCAUCCCAGCCUCCCGGUGCCGGGGGCUCAUCCCACGCGUGUCUGUGAGAAUUAAACUCGUUGGGGAGCACAGCUGCUCGGGUGGCCACA